UCACCAAAAUUCUCCUUCAAACCAAACACAUCCUGAACAUCACAUGAUUCGGCUGCGUAGGCCUGGCCUGUGUAGUUGCCCCCAGCCGUUCCAACGUAGACCUGCUUUAUGAGUUCUGAACUUUGGACAAUGGACACCGUUUGGUCCAUUUCAGUGUUUCUCUUCCUCGCUCCUCGCUCCUCACCCCUCACUCAUCAGGCUUCAACGCGGAAAUCUUUCUUUUUUUUUUUUUUUGGGUUUUCUUCUUGCAGAAGGCAUAUUCUCUUCUGGUGUUUGGUCUUGUUUCCGCGUGCCUGAUCGAGUCUGGAGUCUAUUCCGCUCACACCGCCCCAUCCGGGAAAGUAAGCACACGGAAACAAAAAUCUUUCGAAGAAGCGGCAGCGUUGACUCCGUGUGAACAAACUUUAAACGCAAUGGCUCUAGCAGAGCGCCACAGUUUUUUCUGUUUUUUUGUCUCAGUCAGAAGUCAGAAGAUCGCCGAUCCUCCACAACUACAAGCACCGGCCGGGAGUCUCAGAAGCCCCUCUCCUCAAUCCCAUCUCUCGUUAACCCUUUUCCUUAAUUUCUUUAAUUCAUGGCUCCUUCAUCCACCUUUUCCACUUCCCAGUGGAUUUACGACGUCUUCCUCAGUUACAGCUCAGACACCGGCAAUAACUUCAGUGAUCACCUCUAUGCUGCUUUGGACCAAAAGGGAAUUGACACCUACAGGGACGAAUUGAGAAGAGAAAAGGUCCAAAGCAUGUCGGAAUUGCUCAAGCCGAUUGAAGAAUCAAGGAUUUGUAUUGUCGUUUUCUCCAAAAACUAUGCUUCAUCGACCCGGUGCCUCAAUGAACUUGUGAAGAUCCUGGAAUGCAGGGAGGCAUUGGGGCAAUGGGUUCUGCCCGUUUUCUAUGAUGUCGAUCCUUCAGAUGUCCGGAAACAGACCGGUUGUGUUGCAGCAGCGUUUGCAAAACACGAACAGAGUUUCAAGGGGGAGUUGCUAGGGAAGGCGAAAGGCUGGAGGGCAGCUCUCAACGCGGCUGCAAAUUUGUCCGGGUGGGAUCUGCCGCGUGUUGACAACGGGCAUCAAUCAAAGUGUAUCCAGAAAAUUAUAGAAUUGAUUAUGAGCAAAUUGAUUGAAACUUCAUUGGAUGUGGCUACCUACCAAGUUGGGAUAGAUACUCGAGCAGAGGAAGUAAAUAAGUUAUUAAGUGUUCAAUCAAAUGAUGUUCGCAUUGUAGGGAUAUGUGGUAUUGGUGGAAUUGGUAAGACAACUAUCGCAAAGGCUGUUUAUAACCUCAUAUUUCACAAAUUCGAAGGUAGCAGUUUCAUUUCAAAUAUUAGAGAAGCUUCUAAACAACCCAAUGGUUUAGCUCAAUUGCAAGAACAACUUCUCUAUGAUGUUCUAAAGAAAGACAUAAGGAUUAGCAGUGUUUCUAGAGGGAUCAAUCUGCUCAAGGAAAGGCUUCCCUCUAAGAGAGUUCUUCUUGUUCUAGAUGACGUGGACCAAUCGGACCAAUUAAAUGCAUUAGCUAGAAGGCUUGAUUGGUUUGGUUUGGGAAGUAGAAUCAUCAUAACAACUAGAAAUGAGCAAUUGCUAAAUGAGUUUGAAGUCAGAAACAUAUAUAAGCCUAAAGAAUUAAAUCAUGAUGAAUCCAUUCAGCUUUUCAGUUGGCAUGCAUUUGGACAAGACCAUCCUAUAGAUGGUUACAUGGAGAUAUCAAAACAUAUGGUAGCUUGUCUUGGAGGACUUCCUUCAGCUCUUGAGGAUACGGGUUCUCGUUUGUUCGACAGAAGAAGCAUGCCUGAAUGGGAAAGUGCUUUAAUGAAACUGAAGAGAUACCCUUACAGUUACAGUCAAAGGCAAAAAUUAACAUAGACUAGUUAAAUUUUUAUGCACAGGACGAUACCAAGAGACCUUCCUUGAUAAUGGAUGUUUGAAUGAAUGAAGACUUUGCAAUUCUAGAUUUCCUUGUGACAGACACUAAAAGGAGCAAAAACUGAGAAUGCAUGAUCUUAUUCAUUA